UCAGGCGCGUGGCUCCUCCUCCUCCUCGUCCUCCUCCUCCUCCUCCUCCAGGCAGACACACCUUCCUCCUGUGGUCCUCCAGCGCCUCUUACCUUCUCCUCUCCGCCUCGUUGUCUGCCUGUGAACUCUCACCCCAGCUGCUGGGGAAAUGUCAUGCAGGCAGAGGCCUUCUGCUGCAGUAGGGGGGCGUCAUAGGAGGAGAAAAUCCGUUUUCUAGCCGCUCUCGCUGCAUCAUUUAUUCGCGUCUCUUCCGUGCAGUUGCCACAUCCCGCUGCCAGCAGCAGUCGCUGCCGCCGAGAACAGGUCCCUGCAGGCUCACAGCUCGUUCCUUUCGGGGCUGAACAUCCAUAUUCAUAAAAAAGACCCCAAAUCAAAAAUCGGAGGCAGACAUGGAGAAAUUCAGGAAUCUUCUCUUGAAGACAGGCGUCCAGCAAACAAACUGGCUUGUGAUGCUGCUUCCCAGUAGAAGAUCCUGGGAUUAAGCUGUGGAUCCCUUCAAACUGAUGGCACGGACUGAGUUUCAGCUGUCCUGCUGAAGCUAUGGGGAGCUGCUGGAGUUGUCUGUACAGGGACCCCAUCCGAGACAACCACCUCACCAAAUUUAAGGUCAUCAAUGUGGAUGAUGAGGGCAACGAGCUUGGUUCUGGGAUUAUGGAGCUCACCCAGACUGAACUCAUCCUUCACACGCGUAAAAGAGAUGCCAUCCGGUGGCCGUACCUUUGCCUGCGUCGCUACGGAUACGAUUCCAAUCUUUUUUCCUUUGAGAGUGGCCGCCGCUGCCAGACCGGACAGGGAAUCUUUGCAUUCAAGUGUUCCCGUGCAGAAGAGAUCUUCAAUCUGCUCCAGGAGCUGAUGCAAUGCAACAGCAUCAACGUGGUGGAGGAGUCCAUGAUGAUGAGUCGCAGUGGCCACACUCCAGAGAUGGACAUGUCUCGCACCCCGCAGACUCCCAGCACUCCAGCAUUUCCUGUCCAGAACUUUCCGAAUGGAUUCCCCGGUUAUCCCCUGCGAAGUGAUUCCUCUCAGCCCUCCCUUCCUGAUGAGCAUGGACACAGCCUCAUGGGUUUGGAGGACCAAACCCACACAUAUGUGAAUACUGUGAGUAUGGAGGGGGACCUCUCCAUGCGUCACUGCAUGCACUCUCUGCCUGAGGUGCGGCCAAGCACUUUUCCUGAAACAGCGAGGGGACCCAUGCCUGUCGGGAGUCAGGGGAACCCGCCGUCCAGCCUCCGGUGCUGUCCUCUUGAGGAGCGUAAAGAUCCUCAGGUAUUCUUGCAGCCGUCCUCACAGGAGGCCAAGUUCAUGCUGGGCCCCACUCCAGCACAGCGACAUCUGCUGGAGCGGGAGAGGCACGCCCAUGCUCCUCACAACCUUCAGCCAGCAGAGGGCACCACAGGCUCGGAGACGGAGGGCGAUGAGCCCUCUGUGCACUUGUGUAACUCUCACUCCUAUCACCAUUUCCACCACCUCCCCCACCGGCAUCCGGGCCACGAGCAUGCAGACAGCUGCCAAGGUGGAGAGCUCACCUACGAGAACAUCAACGGCCUGCGGGGUGGCCGCAAGCAGCGCCUGAGUCCCAGCAGCGUGUCACAGUCGGUGGGUUCCAGCAGCAGCAGCAGCACCGGGGACAGUCACUCCCACUCCCUUCUGCACCCACACAGCCACGGCCCGUCCUCGCUGCCCAUGCAGGGUUACCCCUGCGAGAGAGGAGGAGGAGGAGGAGGUCAUCGUCGGACUGCACUUCUAAAUUACGAGAACCUCCCCUCCCUGCCACCGGUGUGGGAAUACAGCGCUUUACAGCGGGAUGACGAGCAGGAAGAUGAUGAUGAUCAGGAGGAGGAAGAGUAUGAGGAAGAGGAGGAAGACUUUGAUGAGUAUGAGUUCUCAGAGGGCCCUGGGACACCCAACGGAUACCACCAAGACAGUCGGGGCAUCCACAGAGAUGCUCUUCAGAACUAUGUGAACACGGAGCAGGUCCAGCUUCGACACGCCUGUCCGCCGCACCCCCGGCCAUGUCAGCCCGAUCGAGGGGGGCGAAUAUUUAGCUUUGAUUUCCGCAGACGAUCGCGUUCAGGGGUUGGAGGUUGUGAGCAUGGCCACAUGCCUCCAUCGCGGCAGCUGAAUUACAUCCAGGUCGAUUUGGAAGGAGAACCUCCCUGCCAGGCCCUCAGCAGCGGGGGUGCACAGUCACAGCACCAGCGCCUACCACCCCAAAAAUGUGGCCCACAGCCUCCCCGGCGCAGCGAAUGCUACGCAGUCAUCGACCUAAAGAAGACUGCCGCCAUGUCCAACCUACAGAAAGCGCUGCCCAGGGAUGAUGGGACUUCCAGAAAGACUCGCCACAACAGCACAGACCUGCCUCUGUAAAUGGAACUCAAAGCGAAGAGGAGCGACGAAGACGGAUGAAGGCUUUUCCUCAUCUUAGCACACUGGACCCUUCACUGUCGUGCAUCCUUCAAAUGUAAGGCUGACAUACCAUAUAGGUACCUGACGGAAAACGUGUGGAAGCCUGUUUAUGCUCACAAAGGGAAAUGAGAAAUCUCUUUAGAGAAUUUUUCGGUUUGAUCUUUAUUAAAUAUUUGGUGUGAGGCUCUCUUAAUAGCAUUAAGUCUCAUAUAUUUUUAUGUAUGCAACACUUUAUGUUGAGCUGUGAUCUAGGAGAGAGCAGGCAUCCCCGUUAUAAGGGGAAGAGGUCAUUACCAUCCUGUACUGGCAGAUUCCAACUAUCAAUAGGAUCCUCGUUUACACAAUAAUGCUCAUAUCAUGCAUUUCUUUAUUCUUUCUUUCUAGGAUAUUCCUUCAGGAGAGUUUUGUGAAGCCCACAUGAGGAUUUGGUGCUUUACCUGUAGCAGACUGUGGUCAGUUUUGGAAAAAGAAGUAAAAAGAAAAAUUGAGGAAUUAGAAUGGGGAAGAAAGGGUUUGCAAGUUUGUCAUCUGAAGCAACUAAAACCUGAAGUGUGACAACAACUAGAAGAAAACACUGAUGAUAAAUGAUUAGUCUGCAUCAGUUUCCCACAUAGAGAUAAAAAUAAGAUGGAUCUUAAAUGUGAAGUGACACGAUAAUAACAGUGUUGCCUCCUAAUCUAGUGGGGAAUUUUAGUGAUGGAUGCCUUCAUGAUCAUGUUGGCCGAGCUUCCCCAUCAUCAUUCAUCACCCAAAGAAGAGACUGAAGGAACACUGACCACUUUCUGCUGGAGGAAACCCACACAAACUCCUAAAAGAAAAAAAGCCCAAAGGAUUCCUUACAUGUCAUGCCAGAAUAUCAGCGAUGCUUUCAUUACAGAAAAUGAAUCAAUGAAAGCUCACAGGACUGACUGCUGCUCAUACCUCAUCACAAACACUUAAGUCCAAUGUUGCGGCUGGUAGGACAGACCCUCGCUUGCUACUGUACACCCACGGAGCAUUUUGCACACAAUCCUAUGGAAUUGUAUGAAAUCUUAGCUUUCAUUUUAUUUUUCGUCCAGUCCAAGGUGAUGAACACGAUUCAAUGCAUUUGGAGAAUUUGUGAAGCGAUGUGAAAGUUGCACACCUAUAGUUUUGACUGUGCCACAACCCCCCCACCAGCCACUGGAGCUUCAGUCUAAGUCCAAAAACAAAAACUACAACAACGACAACAUGGGGCCAAGUAUGUCAUGGAUAUUCUAAGCAAUGCAGACAAGAUUUAUCUAGUUUUGUAGGAGACAUUGACCUCAAAUAGUGGCAUUAAGAUGUAACCUCAAAGGGAAUGUGCCCAGUCUAUCAUUUGCCAGUUAUCAGGUGUAAGAAGUGCUCGUCAAGCAAGCCUUGACAUUGAACCAUGAACAUUUUUUUUAACUAUUUAUUGAGCAUUUAAGUCAUGUAUUUAUUUAUUUAAUAUGAGUUUUUUUUGUAUGAAAAGUUUGUUUUUCUCCGUUCUACGACCAGCAUUAUGUAGUCCAGUUGGUAACAUGGAGACCAAAGUUUUACCUCAAAUCAUCACUGGGUUCCGUCCGGUGUGUUCUUGCUAUUACUGUGCUUGAUUAUUUUUUCCAAAAAGAUAAAACAAGAAAGUGCCAAAAGAUAAUAGUUAAUCUAAUAAAUCUGAAUUUGCCAUUAGGGCUUUUCUUUUUUGACAAUUAAAGGAAGGCAGAACAAAAGAAAAGGAGGGGGGGUACAGUUUAGUAAAUUAAUUUAGCUUUUUAAAAAUAAUGAAUCUAAUAAAUACUGCACAAUCCACCUCAUCCACAUCAACAGCCAUUUUGAGGGAGAUGACAGAACGUCAGUCUUAUAGACUGAUAAUCAUGCUUUGGGUGGUUUUUAAUGCUGCUAUGUGUACAUACUAAGAGUAGCCCCUAGAAGCUAUGAGUACUUGUCAAAAUGAAAAAUAAUGUGAUGUCAGAUCUUUUAUCGUAUAUCGUUAGUAGAAUUAGUGUGCUUAUGUUAAUCUGGUUUUCGUUUGUGAGUGGCAGAAAUGUCCUUGUGCUGUUUGGGAGAUUGCUCCAUUGGUCCGCAUCGGCCUCCGUCAGGAUUGGGUUUCAGCUAAACUGUCUGGCUGCUAGAAGCCGACAGGAAAACGCACUGAUGCCGUCGUCUUUCUGUUGGCUACUUUCAAGAGCUCGCUCUCAUCUACGAGAGCCACAAGGUCCAGAUUUACACGCGGGAAGGCAUUCAAAUGCAGAUUUUCUUCUAUGCUUGGCUCAAGUUGACCUUUUUUCACAUGAAAUGCCACAGAUAUGUGUGCAGAAUGUGUCAAUCUUCUGACACCCAACGCUUAAAGGAACAGAGAGUGGAAGCAUUGGAUGAGACAAUGGAAGAGCAAUAUUUUUGUUUAAUUAUGAUUGUGUAGCUGAGUUCUGUCAACACAUUAAAAUAUUCUAAUUUAGGGCUAAAAAUUAAAAAACAAAAAAACCUUUUUGUAAACAUAGUGAACCUGCAGGGAUAGAAACGGCGACAAAAAUUUGGAAGUUUUCAUUGCAUUUGUUUCUUUAAACUUAGAUUUAGUGAAAAUGCAUGUUAAAAUAAAGUUAUGAUUAAGUGGCCAUUGAUUGAUAUAACCUAGUUGUAUGAACACAUUUUAAAAGAGUUCUAACAUCACUGCAAAAUUGUGCCAAUCUCAAAAACAUGAAACAGAAGUGCGUUUUCUUUUUCUAAUUGCUCCAAAAACGUAAUCGGUCAUAUACAUCUGUGUAAACUUCAGUCAGAUGAUUUUCCUAAUGUCUGCAGACUGGUUUUCCAUAAUGGUAUGCAGUGUAAACUCAUGCAAAUUAUGAACUAGAGUCUUUUUUUGGGGAGGAUUACAAAAACAAAGCUUUAACAUACCAUCCAAUGUCAAAUUAAUGCAGUUAACUGUUAAAAAUAUCAAAUUUUACAUGGUAAUUAUAAUUGAUAUAUUUAAUAGAGCUUAUGUAGCACAAUAAUUUAAAUGAUUUAAAAAAGGCCAACUUGCAGCAAGCAUAUUUAAAAUGCAUUGAGAUAUGGAGGGGUGUUUACAUUUUUGCAAUAAUAGAUAAAUUAUUGUUUUACUGAUUUAAAACGGACCAAUGGGCAAUAUGUGAAAUUCAAAUUGUAUGCCAUUGCUAUCAUUAUUUUUUUCAAAAUGUUUGCUCUUAAACUUUCACAGAGCAAAUUUCAAUCAGAAAUGAGGAAAAAUAGUCAACAAAGCGACACCAAUAGUGCAGCAGUGGGAAGUGACCAUUGCAUAUAUUUAAAAAAAUGUAUGUUAUGUCUUUAAGUUCAGUGGCAAUACAUCACCAGAAUCUAAGUUGUGUAUGUCAUGACAUGUAGUUUUGUGAUCAUUUAAAAAAAAAAAAAGUUAUAUCAGCCGAACCAGCUAUCUAUCUCUUUACCAUACCAGCUGUUUACUGAUUACAAUCAAAAAGACAUGAAAUCGUUGUAUUUUAUUGGCCAGUCAGGCCUAAGCUGUUCCAUUCAUUCCAAUUGGGUUCAGAUCAAGUGCAGAUUUUACUCAUUGCUCAUUAUGACAGGAUUGAUCUUGAUCCGCGCGUUUGAUUUUCCUAACCUUCAGUAUUGAUGCUUGAGGCCUGUUUCACACAGGUGUUGAUGGGUUUAAGCGCCUCUAAUGAGUCAGCCGAUGUAAUCUGCAAGGCAAGUAGUCACAAGCGAAGACAACGACGAUCGCUGAAGGGGUUGCUUAACACACACAAACAAGGGCUUGCUCUGUAAUUACCAUUGAAAUGUGACUGUGCUUCUUGUCCAUUUUUGGAAACGUGUCACCGUGCCUUGCAUACUAGAGCUGGGGAGGCAUUUUCACUGCUGUUUAGAGGUUAAACCUGUGCCUGUUUUAGCAUUGACACUAAAAGGGAAUUUAUUUAAAAAAAUAAAUGUGCCAACUUCUGAAUAACACUUUAAAACAUUUACAAAGAGAGAUUGCCUCUUUAGGAGUCAUGCAUAUGAUCUGUCCUGCUGGGAGUUGGAGAAAUCUGCUCUGUAGGACUUCGGCUUUGAUAAUGAGCAAAGCCUUUUUUAAGAGAGAAAAUUAUAAUCUCCAUUAUGUGAAGUCGAGAACAGCCAACCUCUUCAAGCCAAAAUCCAGGGGUGAGCAGCUUACUGAUUAUGAAAAAGUAUUUCUUACAGCCCAUAAGAAAGGUGUGUGCACCCACACUGGCAUCUCAUCUGUGCAUUGCUGCUAGUGUGUCUGUUCAAAUAGUUUGCUGAGGAAGAGGCUGGAUUUGAGGAAGAUGAAUGGAGGAUGCAAGUAAUGUAGCUAUCAUUAGGAAGACGGAUUUAAGCUGCAUUAUCUUUAGUAUUCCAUUGGAAUAAAGACCAUUUCUAAGAUUGUAUCAACAGUUUUUGUUUUGUUAUUUGAAAAAACCCCACAUGAUUUCGAUAAUGCAGCUUCUGCUUGGAAAAUGGGACUUUUCAAGCCCUACUUUAAAUUAAGCAAUCCAGCACACUAAGUCAUCAUUGUUUGUGUGUAUAUUUUCCGAUAAACUGAGAAUUUGUGAAUGAAAAUGCAGAAUGCAGCUUUAAGUGGGGGGGAAAAAUUACAAUUGGGGAAGAUCAAGGCUCAUUUUCACAAAAAAAUCAUGUAAAUAUCAGAGUUGCACAUUUGUGUUUAUUGUUAUUUGAAAGCCAUGGUGUUGUUACUCACCUAAUUUUUGACAGGAGGGUAAACAAAUGCGUAUUUUAAAAACGUCCAGCAGUGAAAAGCCAAACUGCGUGUAUCAGAACCGGUACUGGAUGUUGUCAGCUACUUGUCAAUGUGUUUUGUCAUCAGACCAUCAUACUAAACUCCAUGAUGUGCUCUUUUUUCAUAAAGAAUGUGGAAAAUAAACUAUUUUUUAGAAAAAUGUUCAGUUUUUUCUUUGAACAAAUGGAGACAUAUUUAUAAUAGAUUACAGAGAACAGAAUGACAGGACAUGCCCAGCAGUCAUUGCUAUAUUUUUAUCGCCUUCACUUCUGUAGUUUUGUGGAUCACCAUCAAAAAGGAAAGAAACCACCUCCCACUCAGCAUUUGAAUCUGAAUGACAUUGUAAAACCUCAACUUUCUGUCCAUGCUGUGAGAUAGAUCUCUGUCAAGUACUGAAAAUAUCAGAAAACUGUAAUAUCUUAUGUUAUUAGUGUGUCUUUUUUUUUCUUUUAACCCUUGUGCUAUCCUAGGCACUUUAACAUUGGGAGUUGGGGUCAUCUAGACCCACUAGACAGUGCGCUGAACUUUU